AUGGCACGCACAAACCACGCACCACGAAACUCUUUUCUCGUUCCCGGGAUCACGCGCUACUCCCGCUCAGUAAUCUACUCCAAAAAAGCCAUCUAUAAACGCAAGAAAACACCACAACCGAAACCAGAAACGAAACCCGCGCAAUUCAAAACUGUAGAAAUCAAAGGUGACAAAAAUGGUAAAGAACGUUUCAUCCCAGUGCACAAGGCUCCGAGGUUCUAUCCGGCCGAAGACGUUCCGGUCCCAAAGAAAUCUCGUAAACUCAAUAAAACGACCAAGCUUCGUGCUAGUAUUACGCCUGGAACGAUUUUGAUUUUGUUGGCAGGCAGGUUCAGGGGGAAGAGGGUCGUGUUUUUGAAGCAACUUCCCGGGAGUGGGCUGUUAUUGGUUACGGGACCUUAUAAGCUUAAUGGCGUGCCGUUAAGGCGUGUUAAUCAAGCUUAUGUGAUUGCUACGACUACGAAGAUUAAUGUCUCUGGUCUCGAUAAAUUCGAUGAUAACUAUUUCAAGAGAGAAAAAAACGCAAAGAAAUCUACAGAAGAAGAAUUCUUUAAAGAAGGCGAAAAAAAGAAAAAAGAAUUCCCAGCCGAGAAAGCCACCUUCCAAAAAGAGGUUGAUAAAUCGCUUGUCGCUACGAUCAGAAAAGACAUUGAUCUGUACCAUUACUUACGUUCACGAUUCACACUCACAAAAGGCGUGUUUCCGCAUAAAUUGAAGUUCUAA